UCCCUGCGGUGGGUGGUGCGGCCCGUUCUGAGAGGGCGGGAGCGCCGCGCCCCGCCCCGCUCAGUGACACAGGCUCCGUGUGGGGAGGCGCCGGCGGCGCGGGCAGUGGGGCCGGGUGGGACUGACCGGGCGGGACUGACCGGGCGUCGUAGCGGCGGCGACUGCGAGCCGAGCCCGGAGCAUGGCAGGGGCUGGAGCCGCUGCGGAGGCUGCUGCUGGUUUCUCUCCUUCGCCGCCUCCUCCCGCCCGCCGGGGACUUUUCCUAGCGGCUGGUGGCGGUGCCUCCCCCCGGUGGUGGCAGCGGCGGCGGCGGCUGCUGCGUUUGGCGGUGCCUCCCGGGCCAGGGCUGGGGCUCCUGGGGCUGGUUUUCUCUCGUUUCUGCUGCAGUGCCUUAGCUGGACCAGUUGUUGAUCCACAUGUGACAGCAGUUUGGGGGAAGAAGGUUGCACUGAAAUGCAUAAUUGAUGUAAAUGAAACAAUAACACAAGUUUCUUGGGAGAAGAUAUAUGGUAAAAGUUCACAGACUAUUGCUGUUCAUCACCCUGAAUAUGGAAUAUCUGUUCAAGGAGAAUACCAAGGAAGAGUGGCAUUUAAAAACUACUCACUUACUGAUGCAACAAUCAUCUUAAAAAAUGUAAGCUUUUCUGAUGCAGGAGAAUAUGUUUGCAAGGCAGUUACAUUCCCGCUUGGAAAUACGCAGUCGUCAACAACUGUAACAGUAUUAGUUGAACCUGUUGUGAGCUUAAAGAAAGGACCAAACCCUCUAAUAGAUGGUGCAAAUAGGACAGUAGCAGCCACUUGUACAGCAGCCACUGGAAAACCUGCUGCGCAGAUUGUCUGGGAAGGAGGGCUUGGUGAAGCGGAAUCCACCCCUACUUUGUUUUCAAAUGAAACAGUGACAGUUGUAAGCCACUAUAUGAUUGUCCCUACACGAUUUGCAAGAGGAAGACACAUAACUUGUAUUGUGAGGCACCCUGCCUUUGAAAAGGAGAUGCGAUACCCUUACGUGUUGGACAUACAGUAUGCCCCAGAAGUUUCAGUAACUGGCUAUGAUGGAAACUGGUUCAUUGGAAGGGGAAAUGUUCAGCUCAAAUGUAAUGCCGAUGCAAAUCCAUUACCUAUGGAAUUUAUGUGGACCAGGUUGGAUGGACAGUGGCCUGAAGGAUUGUUGGCUGUUAACAAUACUCUGCAAUUCAGCAGCCCUCUGACUUAUAACUACACUGGGACUUACAUCUGUAAGGUGACUAAUGCUCUUGGUCAGAAAAGUGAUCAGAAGACUAUCUACAUAUUAGAUCCUCCUACUACUACCACUCGACUGCCCACGGUUCCCUGGCAUCCUUCGACUGAUGGCACCACAGGUUUAGCAACAGAACCUAGAAUAAUAAAUUUCCCAACAUCAACCUUGCCAACAAAGCAGGACGACACUUGGGAUGUGCCCUUUAAGCAGACAUCUUCUGUUGCUGUAGCAGGGGCUGUGAUUGGAGCAGUCCUUGCUCUUUUUAUCAUUACCAUCUUUGUGACAGUACUGCUUACCCCAAGGAAGAAAAGGCCAGCCUAUCUUGACAAAGUGAUUGAUCUUCCGCCAACUCACAAACCAGCCUCAUUUGAGGAGAGAACGUUGUCAGUGCCCCAGAAAGAAGCUAUGCUUCAGAAAGAACAUUUUACUUUGCAGAGCCAGUACAGAGAGAGAGAUGCUGGAAACUUGCAGCACAUGAAAGCUGUGAAUGGAAGGCAACUUACUUGUGGGGCUGAAGAGCCACAGGAGCAAGAGGGUCUUCAGCCUAUGUAUCCUGUUUAUCAGCAAACUCACUACAAAAAUUGGAGCAACAGAUACCCACAAAGCUCAGGACCUGGAAGAGCCUACAUCAAUACAAGGGAGCAUUAUGUAUGAUUCUGUACCCAGAUGUCUUUAACAAGGGGUUUGUUACCUGUUGACUCUAUGACCCUCAUAUCUUUUUGGCUUUCAUCUCUAAAAUAAUUGGGAGUUUUUAAGGUGUGAAAAAAAUAGAUGGAGAAUUUUAUACAGGUAAACCAUAUGGAAUUUAAAACCUGCCUCUAGUACUUGGUAUGUCUGUGUUUUUGUAGUAAUGUCAAUCUGCCAAAUGAGGAGAGCCACUUAGCUUUUUUAACGUUCACAGUCAUAAUCUGUGUAACCUGUAUUAAUUGUUUGGCACAUGCCAAAAUGUAGUUAAGCUUUUUUUGCUGGCUGUCUCUGGGAACAUUCUCUCUGGAUAUUUCACAAGAACCUUACCCAUAUAAAAGUGAAUAAAUAUGAGCAAGACAGCUGAAUCCCUUGUGACAUUAGCAGUUUCAGGCUGAGGCAUCUUAGCAACUUGAGAUAUGAAUUUGACUGGCUUAGCUAUUGAUUUCUCAACCAGCUCUACCUCUCUCAGUCAAAUGAACAACUAGACUACCUCUCAAAUACUGACUGCCUGGUCCAUAAACUCCACUGUUUGUCUUCCCAUCUUGUUAAAAGUGAAGCAAUUUCCUUACAUCAAAAGCUUUUGGUUGUCUAUUGAUUCUGCCUGUUGCUGGCUUUGGUUUUACACUUAGGUCUACAUGAAACUUAGUUGAAGGAGGUAGAUGACUAGGCAGACAGAACUUUCUGUAAGUGUCUUUUGUGAAGCUACAUCUGUUUUCCCAAAUAUGACUCCUAUUUUAGAUGCUGCAGAGUUUAUUUUCCUUGGUAAUAUAUACAUUCCUUGUUUUUUUCUUAGUUUACAACAAAACUGCCUGUGAUGUGUUCUUAUGUCUUAGCAAGAAAAGAAAAGCUUCAGUCAACUUCAAAUGCUUGUUAGCACUGUCCUUUAAUCUUAACCAGUAGUGUGAAGUAACUGGAGAAUGUCCUGACAUUACCAGUGCUAAAAGUAUCCCACAUGAAUCUUUUGUGUCUGUGGUAAUGCUUAAAAAAUGUGCUCAUGAUCUUUCUAGAAAAAUAAGUUUUCCUGUGAACUAAAAAGUAAAUAUUUAGCAAGUAAAAAUAUGUAUAUAAUGUGUUAGUGCUGAAAUGAGCUCAUAGGACAAUCUUGAAAUAUUUUAAGACAGUAGAAAAAUGGAUUGUGUCUAAAAUUUGCCAGAGAAACUUAAGAGACUUGAGUAUUCUCUAAGUACAUUAUGCACAUAAGUACAGAAUGAUGAUUUUCGGUCAGAUGACUUGAAGGACAAGAUGUUAAGAAUGCUUGGUGUCAUGCUGAACUACCUGUUGUACAGAACUGAAGAACUGAACAUUACUUCUGGGAUAUUAGUGUGUUUUUCUGCAGAUGUUUGAAUUUUUUUAGAGGCAAGAGUCAAGCUGUAGAAGCAGCAGAAUUGAAAGCUAGCAUAGGUGAGUGUGCUGCAGGCAGAGGGCUGUUGUUAAACCUUUAUUCAACCUGCAUUCAUCUCCAUCACAGUACAAGUUAAUGAGAUCUCUGUCCACAAUUGGGCCAGGUAAAUUAAAUUCUUCUAGUUUGUUACAGGUAGCAGCUAGAAGAUUAUGGCUUGGGUGCCUGUAUUCUGGACCCUGUAGAAGUAGGUAUUACCUGUUCUCUUGCUAAGCAGCUUUCUGUUAAAUGAUGUGGUUGAAGUUGACAGCUGAAGGAAUGGCAAAAAGAAAGGUUGGACAGAACCUGCUUCUUGGGAGGUAUCUUUGAAGCAUUGGCACCUUGCUUUUCUCUUAGGAACUGGGCACAUUCAUGUAAAUUGAGCAACUGUUUUCAAUUUUAAAGUUUCCUGCUGUAUUUGAGACCUAAGGAAGGGCUUGUGUCCCUCAAAACUGUUUUUCCGUAAUGUUAGUUUAAGUAGCUACCUCUUUACAUGAGCAUUGCCUCGCCUAUCCUUACAUUACUGCAGCUCCAAAAAGCAUCAGCUGUCAGAACAUUGAAAGAAAACAGUGUCAUGGCCAAAUGAAUGACAGAACAUGGAGAGGAACUAUACUGCUUAAGAUAAUUUGAUCAAUAUUACUGAGCAAAACUUGAUACCAAAAAUAUUUGAAUAGACAUUAUAGAAUGGCUCAAAACUGUUGCUGUGGCAGUGCUUCCUCUGCAUUCAUUAGUACAGUGUGGUAUUGAGCAGGUGAUCACUUCAAUCCUUUUUGCAAAAAAACCUUUUGGAUUCAGAAAAAAUUCUUCUACUGUUUUUAUAAUUAUUUGCAGAUACUUUCCUUUCUGGUUUGUUUUUGGUUUUGUUUUUUUUUUUUUUUUUGAAAGAGAUAAAACUUUAGGGGAAGGAAGAAAGCUAUUAACAAAGCUAUCAUUUUUUUUUAAUGUGUAAAAAUAGCUUAAAAAAUAAAAAUGUAAUCCAACUGUGUUGUCCAAGUUACAUAUCAACAAACUACAGAAAGCCUGAUUUGCAAACUACCCAUCAGGAUGUAGUUUGCCCUAAAGUCAUUAGGGAAAUACAUUACCACCAACAGGUUUGUUGUCUGUGAGAAAUGGUUUCUUUGUAAUCUAUUCAGGGACAUUUAGUAUAUUAAGUUUUUGAAAUGUUACUUUUGGUUUUAAGUGUACCUGAAUUUGGGGGGAGAGAUUUGUCAAAGAAUGCUCAGAAGAGAACAGAAAAAAUGUCUGCUAAUUCUCACUGAAAGGAUUGUACAUAUAGAAGUUUGAUCUGCUUUUAUAAGAUGUAGAAAAUGUCCUUUUAUAUUUUUGUACAUUUUUAAAUGCUUGUAUUUGUAAUUUGACUGGAAUAAAAACAUUCAAAAU